AUGUCUAUGAAGGCGCAUAGGCAGGGCCGCGAUGCUACAAAUUUUCUCAGCCGUCUCUCGUGCGAGAGUAAACUUCUGAACACUCACGGCUAUUCUGGACAGCUAAACGCAAAGACGAAGAUCCGAGAUGGUGUACUUCUCUUCCGUGAUCAAGUCGUUCUCUUGCUUCCAGCUUCUAAGCCAUAUCCUGUUGCAAGGUACAUCUCGGGCGGAAUCUUUCGAAUGUGCUGUCACCACGACUUCAGCGAUUACAAGAACUUUUACAAGGCCGGCGUCUCCAUUCCCCGUUCGGACAGGGUUGCAACUCAUCAGAACAAUGAAGGAAUAAUUAGCUGUAACCAUUGUCAUACCGAGUUCCGAGUAGACUUCAAGAGUUUUGGAAGUGCUGUCAACGCGAUAUUCAUUACACGAUGGUUAGACCUAGGAGACGGUUGCGAUCCAAAGGAAGAAAAAUUGAAGAACCGCAUGGGUACUGGAUACAACCGUCGAGAAGUAACAUUUCGGCGGGGUUCCAUUUGCGCUGCUUUUGAAGGGAGGCCGGAAUCUGAGUUUCUUUUUGAUGCGCAUAUCAAUACAGACGAAUUAGUGAAGAGGUACCGGCCGCGUUAG